UAUCAACUUCCAUCACGAGAUGGCCCUGAUCAAGCAAUUCUCUUCCAAGAUAUUUUUCUUCUGUGCUCAUCCAUCCCCAGAAGGUGGCAAGACAUCAAUAGUGCCUAGCCAUAUUAUUGUAGAAAAAAUGGAAGAAAGAGCACCAGAAUUUGUGACCAAGUUAUUGGAAAUGGGUUGUGUUAUUUGGAGGGGUCUUCCCAAAGAAAUUGGCAAUGGUGUCAUCACUAGCAAGACAUGGAAAUAUUUUCUACAACUAUGGAAGACAAAGAUGAAGCAAAAAAGAGGGCUCAAGAAAGUCUACCUUGUGGCUCUAUCAAUUUCAACAAGGAUGGGAGUGCAGAACUUGUAUAUGAACCCAUGAAUCCGAUCCGAAGAUUUGAAGAAAGGAAGGUCUGGUUUAAUACCAUCGUAGAUUUUGAGGGAGAAUUCUG